CACCUUAUAUAGGAACAAAGGAAGAAAAAAUUGAUGAACUAUGGAGAGAGGGAAAGAAUUGGCAGAGGGGUCAUCAAGAUCCCCCGGUGGCGGCGCCGGUGGUGAUUCGCCGCUAUCCACGACUCCCAGCCGCUACGAGUCUCAGAAAAGAAGGGAUUGGAACACUUUUGGGCAGUUCUUGAAGAACCAGAGGCCACCAGUUCCUCUCUCUCAUUGCAAUAGCAAUCAUGUACUUGAAUUUCUUAGAUAUCUUGAUCAGUUUGGCAAGACUAAAGUUCAUUUGCAGGGCUGCAUCUUUUACGGGCAGCCGGAGCCACCAGCGCCGUGUACUUGUCCACUGAGGCAGGCUUGGGGCAGCCUCGAUGCACUUAUUGGACGACUACGCGCUGCCUAUGAGGAGAACGGUGGAUCACAGGAGACUAAUCCAUUUGCUAGUGGUGCAAUAAGGGUUUAUCUGAGGGAUGUAAAGGAGUGUCAAGCUAAGGCAAGAGGAAUCCCUUACAAGAAGAAGAAGAAGAAGGAUAGCCCAGGCAAACCAGAUGAUGAUUCCAGUUCAUCCAUGCCAUUUUCUUGAUUCAAUCUAUGGAUCAAAAAUUGGUUCACUUUCUUGAUAUGAUGAGUAAGUUGAAUUGUUUAGGCUCUAAACAAUCAAUCUUCUCUUCGCGAAAAUCCUAGACAAAUUGAUUUGCCUUAUCAAAAGACGUCUUCUACAGAGAAGAGGAUGAAGAUCUUGAAGUUUUGCAUUUGUGGGCAUGCGUGUUGGCUGGAUUAGAAUAAAAGGAAAGAUUUUUAUUUAUAUAUAAACUUUGAGAGCGUUUAUAGUUCCAGUCUCUACAAUUUAGUAAUCUAUAUUGAUUUAUAAAUCUAAUUUUGCUCUAGCAAAAUAAUAAAGCAAAGUUAUGCAGAUGCAACUCUAAGAAAUCCAUAAAAAGAUUAUGUUUUUAUGCA